GCCGCGCUCCCAUGGGAGAUAUAUAAAAAGCAUAGCAGUAAAAUUUAUGGCCCUUCAGACUACUGAGAAACAAACAUCAUAAGUAGCAGUCCUUCAGCCAUGUUCGAAAUUAACGGGACAACUCCGAGCACCUAUCACUCAUUUGAACCGUUCGAUGAUUUGCCCGACUCUCAGGCUGAUGAAGCCAGCAUGACUGAGGAUAAAAUUACAGCCACUACACGCCAUAGCACACCGACAACCCCGAACAACGAAGAGAACAGCUCCCCUUCUGGGGAGCCAUCCGAGUCGUCGGAACACUCUACCGAUACUUUCGACUCGGUAUACUUUCAAUAUACAUCAGCUGAGGAGCAGAGCAGGAGCACAUAUCACUCAUUUGUACCAUUGAACAGUUAUCCCGCCUUCAAAAAUGAUGAUAACUAUAACACUGCUGAGGACCUCGUAAAUCAUCUUGUCAACGCCUGA